UUUUAAAAAGUAAAUCAUUUCAAGUAGAUUAGGUCCAAAAAUUUACUCCAAGGGUUUUCUGGUGGAUCGUAAUGACAGGAAAUUACUGCAAUUUACGAUAAUUGCCGUAAUUUACCGCAACAUUCGGCAUUGGGUCGGCAAAUUUUCCACAUUUUAUGGAAAUUAGCAGCAAUGUGCGGUAACUUACGGCGCACGUUUUCGGUAAAUAAUAAUAGGCCUUAGAGUCUAUUGUCUGAGAAAAUUUUCAAGCCUAUUUUUUUAUUUACCUAAUGGUGCAAGAUAUAAAAAACUUUUUGUAAAUUAAAUUUUAUGAAAAAAAUGAUCAUUUUCCCGGGUAGCGCCACUUUUCUACAUGGGUUUUUUUUUUAGUUUAGCUCCGUUUUUUAACAAACUGGUAGACAAUGGUCCUAGUAGCCUACAAUUUAGUGGCAACAAUCAUAUAUUUUUUAUAAGAAUUUUAAUUUCCUAAAAAAUACCAGUACUUUUACUUCAUACUUUAGUUUUAUGGCUCAAAAUACGAAUGGCACUUUUUAAUUUUAAGAAGAUCGUUUUCGGUUUGCGAAUCGUUCUAAAUAAUUCCGUUUAGUUUUUUUUUUCUCCAAACUUUAUGUAGCGUCAUAAUAUCAACCUACAAGGAAUAAGCAAUCGAUUUCUUGCUAAAUAUGGCUAAAAAGCAGCGAUUACGCCUGCGUGAGAGUUUAUUUUUACCUACAUUUCACCAUUUGUCUUCAGUCAUUUAUUAGAGUUCCAAGUGUUUAGUUUCCUAUUUAAUAAAAAGUACAAUAGUAAAGUUCAAGACUAAUUAUUUUAUAUAAUUUUUAAUUUUAAGAACAAGAAUCACAAAGAUUAAGUAUAUAACUUACGUCAUAUUAUUAGAAAAAAAAAAAGCAAAUUAUAAAUCUUAAAGCUAAAAAAGCCCAUAAGCUCCAAUGUAUAACGGUCGCCGUUACGAGGCGAGAACGAAAGUAUGUCGUUACCCCGGGAGUGGAGCUUCCUUCAACAGGAAGCGAGGUCCUCAGUGGAUGUACGAAAUCCUCAAAUGGGAUCACAGGAGUAUAAUAUCAGUGGCAGUACAUCGGCGGUGGUCAACAACGAAAAUUUGAAUCAAAAUUUACUGGGAUCAUUGCUUUCAAUUCAUUCAGCGCCAGUCUAUGAUUUAAAUGCCCAUAAAGAUUCGCCAACCCGGCCGUCUGCGUCAUUGAUCCAAGCGACAGCUAUUUCCACACCAGUCGUUCCGCCACAUUCAAGUCCAGACGCUGAUGAGGAAGACAAUGAUAAUCUGCUGACCAUUUCCAGUCUUACGGCGCGACCUCUAAUUGCCAAAUCUCGGGAAAUUCGAUCCUCGAAAAAAUCUGCCAUUAGAAAGAAAUCCAAAGAACACAAGAGACCCAACAAUGCCACGCUGGUGCCAUUAGAUGGUGGCUAUGGUUGGGUCGUUGUCGGAGGAGCUUUCUUUGUACAAUUUUGGGUCGCUGGACUGGUUAAAUCUUACGGUGUUUUGUAUGUCGAGGUCAUGGAAACCUUUCAAGACUCAACGGCUGCUGUCGCUUCUUGGAUUCCCGCUAUUCUUUCUUGCCUUUGUCUUGCUCUAGCUCCAGUAACGAGUGUACUAUGCCAAAAAUACAGUUGUCGUUUAGUAGUCUUCAUAGGCGGUUUAUUUUGCGCCCUUGGAUUAAUAAUAACAUACUUUGCAACAAGUUUAAUUCAUCUAUUUUUUACAUUUGGAGUGUUGACCGGCAUUGGAGGUGGUCUGUCUACAACUCCUGGUAUCAUAAUAGUAUCGCAAUAUUUUGACAAACACCGUGCGUUGGCUAACGGCGUUUGCGUUUCCGGGACAGCUGCUGGAAGCUUCGUAUUUCCAUUAUUGAUUGAAACGCUGGUGGCUAAUUUUGGAUUUCAUGGGACUAUUUUAUUGUUAGGUGGUUGUAUGCUUCAUGUUUGUGUAUCGGCGACUCUUUAUCGGCCAUUGGAAGACAACCCGGCUGCGAUAUUGCCGUCGAAGAGUCUCGAAAUUAAAGAAGAAAUAAUCGCUUCGUCGAUACCAAAGCAACAAAAACUCGAGCUUAUUUUUGCAAAUGAAAAGAUUGAAAAAAAUAUAUUGAAUGAUUUAUUUCAUCAAAACGUAACGUCAGUUGAGUUGACUGACAGUGAAGAAGAAAAAGAUAUUAUGGGCGAAGGUUUGAAAAUGAAACCAAUAUCGAAAAUACGAAGCUCAAGUAUUUUACACAGCGUUGAAGAUUUGUCAACUGAUUCAACGUGUGUUUACAAAGCCCGCGUAUCAUUGAAAUCUUUGAAAUUAUCAUCUGCACCUACUGUGAAUUCACCAUGUGCUAAAGAACCACCAGUUCCUGAUGAUGAAAAGAUUGAACAGAAUGGAAAAUUAUACAAAAAAAUAAUGCGGUAUUUGGAUAUUAGUCUGUUGAAGAAUCCACAAUUUAUCAUGAUGUGUCUCUCCGUUAGUUUAAUGAGCACUGGCAGUCCAUACAUGUUGUAUUAUUUGCCAGCUUAUGUACAUGCUGCGGGCUACACUAAAUCAGAAGCUGGAUAUUUAGUUGCUAUUUCUGCGGCGCUUGAUCUUUGCGGGCGACUUGGGCUUGGCUGGCUAUCAGAUCUACAACUUUUUGACCGAAGAAAAGGUUAUAUUGGAAGCAUCGUUGGUGCCGGAGUUGCUGUACUGGCAAUUCCAAUGGCACAUUCGUUCUACGUACUGGCUUGCUCAGUUGGAAUGUACGGAUUAUGCCUCGGAUGUUGGUUUUUAUUGGUACCAGUUCUUCUUGCUGAUCAAUACGGAACAGACAAAAUUUCUUCAAGUUAUGGACUUGUUAGAAUGUUUCAAAGUAUAGGAGCAAUUUCAGUUCCACCACUCGCUGGUUAUCUUCGGGAUAUCACCGGAAGUUAUAGCGUUUGUUUUUUUUGCAUGGGCACUUGCAUGGUACUCGGAGGGUUACCUUUAUUACUUGUGCCUGUCGAAACUCAAAAACUGACUAAAUUAAAAGAUAAUGCAUCAGACAUUAAAACUACACAAAUAAAUCAAGAUCAAGAAUAAAAAAUUUUCCUUUUUGUACUGAUUAAGAAGAAGAAAAAAAGGAAGUAAAAAGUUUUAUUAUGUAUUUAAUCACCUAAUAUAAACUUUACAUUUUAUUGAUUUAUCAGUAAAUUUUAGUUUUCGUAAUAAGUAAUAUAAAAAUUUAUUAAUUUAAUUUCUAUUUUUAUAAUUUCUUCUUUAUUGUAAUCAAUAAAAUUAACUGUAAUUUGAAAAUUGAAUAUAAAUAUUGAAUGAAAAUAUUACAAAAGCAAUGCGCCUGUGCUGAUACAUACACAGAAAAAAAUUUACUUGGUUCAAAAAGAAUUUGCUUGGAUUAAGAAAAUUACGAAGAAAAAAUUUUCAACUCAAGAAAAUUUAUUUCGUAAUGAUUUUUUUUCGGUGUUACGUAACUUUAUUUUAAAACGAAAAUUAUUGCAAAUAUAUAUGAAUAUAUUAAAUUAAAAAAUUGGAUUUGAAAAAUUUUGAUUGUAAACAAAAUUUUAGGCGGAAUGUUUAUAGAAAAAUUCAAAAAAAGUGGAUACUAAUUAUGACAGAUCUAAUUUUGAUUUUAAAUUCGAGCUAAGAAUUAUUUUCUCAUGAAUUUUGACUUCUUUAAUUGAAAAAAAUUUUUUUUUAAAAGAAAAAUAUGAUUUUCUUGGGAUGAAUUUUUCUAAAUUUUGGGUGGAGAGUAAAUAUUCUUGCUUCAGGACAAUAAAAUUUUUUAUGAACAACUUGAAAAUAUUUGAUUCAAGAAUAAAUAUUCUUUCACUAAAAGUGAAAUACUUGAAGAAUUUUUUUAAAUUAAAAAAAUUAAGUGACGCUAACUUAGAGUCGCGUAUUCAAGAAAAAAAUUUUCCAGGCCAGUAAUUUUUUGUCUGUGUAUAAGAGUAGAAAAAUUUAUCAUUUGAAAAUGAAAAGAAAAAAAUAAAUUUGAUAGUUAAUAUUCGAUUUUUGAAACAUGAAAUUUUAACAUAUUGUUUAUUAAUGACGUUUUCAGGUGUUCACUCUGAGCUACUCUGAUCAAAGAUUAACGGAAAAUAGCAAAUGUUUUACUAAUUUAGCAGACUUUUAAUUCUGAUCGACUAUCCAGUGAGACGUUGAAUUUAAAAAAUUGUAAAUAAUAAAUUUUUGUUUGCACUGAAAUUUAAAUUAACAACAAAAAUAAAGGAUCCAUAAAAAUUGAAUACUCUAGUAUUUAGCGAAAAAUUUAUCAAUUCAUGAAAUAGCUGUAGAAAAAAAAAAAAUAAAUAAAACAGAAACGAAAAAUUUCACUUAAAAAUUUGAAUAGAAAUUUAGAAUUUCAUUAAUUUGUGUAUAAUUUUAGAACGUAAAUUAUUUGAGCGUUGAGUAAAAAUCGGUGAUAGAUUAUUUUUACUUGGAGUUGUCCAGAGUUCGCAAAUGAAAAUGCCACAUAUGUGCUCUGAUUAAAAACUCUGAUUGGAAAAUUCUAAUAAGAAAUUUCCAAUUGACUUUCGAUUGAAUCUGAUUAAAAAAUUUUGAUCGGAUUUGAUUGGAAAAUUUAAUUUAAUCGGAUACUUGGAACUCUCCUGAGAAAUUCUAAUUGAAUGUUUAUUUCCAAUUGAAUCUGAUAGAAAUCCGAUUGAGUUUAAAUCAGAUUCAAUUGGAGUUUUUAAUCAGAUUGAUUAAAAAUACUAAUUUUAUGAAAAUGUAUUCAUUUUUAAAUCAAAUGGAUCCUUGUUUAGAAAUGAAAUAAAACACAAAAUAUAAAGUUACAAAACGAUAGAAAAUCAAAGAAAAGUUUUUGUAAAACAAAAAAUUAUGGCACUGCAGUUAGCAGACAGUUAGUAACUACGAUAAGUUACCGCAAAACUUAUGGUGAAUGAACGGACAAAAGUUACGAUGAAAAAUUAACAGUGUACUUAAAAUAAA